UAUAACUUGUGUAUGCAGUGUAAGAAGUGGUGAGCUCAGUUGGACAUCAGGGCUGGAAAUGAGAGUUGUACUUGAAGUCCUAUGGUGAGAUCUUUGUGUGGUUGGAUUCUGUAUGUGAAUCUUUGUACUUGCAUGUUAUGCAGAUGCCUGGACUUUUUUUCUUCUUCAUUGACCUUUUGGGAAUUGUUCUGGGUUUUUUUCCUGUAUCUUUUUUAUUAAGUUACUUUCAACACAUAAUAACUUGGAACACUCAGGGAUUGUUUUACAUUCAUUUAUUAAAUUAAAUGAUAGUUAAUUGCGGAUGAUUCUUGGCCAUAGCUAUUCCAUAGUUUGCAGAACUUGAUAAUGAGCAGUAAUUUGUCCUAUAUAUAUAUAUUUUUUAAUCACAAUAUAGAUGCAGGUGUUUUCCUUCUGUGAGCAGUUGAGUCUGUAAAUCACCUUCUGUGGAUAUGGGUGUCCCAGUGACUGAGAGCCAGCUGUUGGGUGUUUUAACUAAACAGCGUGCUCCUAGUUGGCUGCUCAAAUCCCAUUGAGAAGAGGUAUUGGCUGCUCCAGAGAGUAGAACAGGAAUAGAGCACAUGAGGUGAAGAUUUUGCAAGGCCUUUAGUGACCCAGUUUAAGUUUGGUGAGCUUUUCUACUUGGGCUUUUUCCUAUAGGUGCCAGAGUUCAUCUGCUUCAGAUUUUCACCAAUGACUCAUCUUCCUGUCAUAUUUUCUUAGACUACAGUGACCUAAGACUCUUCGAGUCACUGUUAGUUUCUCCUACCACGUAUAGGAGGAGAGGACAGUGAUAUUCAAACUCAAGCCUGUUUCCAUCUCAUGCUGAUUGAUUCCUAUGAGGGAAUCUGGAAAACUUGUAAGCAAAACAUCAUUUCUCUAAGAAAAUUUUGGAUAACAGAAAUUCUGAAUAACAGGGCAAAUCAGUUCAGUCACCAUGAGUUGGAGCUUCCUCACUCGCCUGCUAGAGGAGAUCCACAACCACUCCACGUUUGUGGGGAAGAUCUGGCUCACUGUAUUGAUCGUCUUCCGGAUUGUCCUUACAGCUGUAGGAGGAGAGUCCAUCUAUUAUGACGAGCAAAGCAAAUUUGUGUGCAACACAGAGCAGCCGGGUUGCGAGAACGUCUGCUAUGAUGCCUUUGCGCCCCUCUCCCACGUGCGCUUCUGGGUGUUCCAGAUCAUCCUGGUGGCCACCCCCUCAGUGAUGUACCUGGGCUAUGCCAUUCAUAAGAUUGCCAAAAUGGAGCACGGUGAAGCAGACAAGAAGGCCGCUCGGAGCAAACCCUAUGCAAUGCGUUGGAAACAACACCGGGCUCUGGAAGAAACAGAAGAGGACCAUGAAGAGGAUCCCAUGAUGUAUCCAGAAAUGGAAUUAGAAAGUGAAAAAGAAAAUAAAGAUCAGAACCAAUCUAAACCUAAGCAUGAUGGCCGACACCGGAUUCAGGAGGAUGGGCUCAUGAAAAUCUACGUGCUGCAGCUGCUGGCAAGGACCGUGUUUGAGGUGGGUUUUCUGAUAGGGCAGUACUUUCUGUAUGGCUUCCAAGUCCACCCAUUUUAUGUGUGCAGCAGACUUCCUUGCCCUCAUAAGAUAGACUGCUUUAUUUCUAGACCCACUGAAAAGACCAUUUUUCUUCUGAUAAUGUAUGGUGUUACAGGCCUUUGCCUAUUGCUUAACAUUUGGGAGAUGCUUCAUUUAGGAUUUGGGACAAUUCGAGACUCACUAAACAGUAAAAGGAGGGAACUGGAAGAUCCGGGUGCUUAUAAUUAUCCUUUCACUUGGAACACACCAUCUGCUCCCCCUGGCUAUAACAUUGCCGUCAAACCAGAUCAAAUCCAGUACACUGAAAUGUCCAACGCUAAGAUUGCCUACAAGCAAAACAAGGCCAACAUCGCCCAGGAACAACAGUAUGGCAGCCAUGAGGACAACCUCCCAGCUGACCUGGAGACUCUGCAGAGGGAAAUCAAAAUGGCUCAGGAACGCUUGGAUCUGGCAAUCCAGGCCUACAAUCACCAAAACAACCCCCACGGUCCCCGGGAAAAAAAAGCCAAAGUGGGGUCCAAAGCUGGGUCCAACAAAAGCAGUGCUAGUAGCAAAUCGGGGGAUGGGAAGACCUCCGUCUGGAUUUAAUCUUGGCUGGGCUUAAAACUUGUGCUUUUCAUAGUUCAUGGUAAGCAGCGGCUCACUGAAUAAUGACUUCCAUUGAGUAAACAUUUGGCUCUGGUUAUUUUCAGGGAUGCUGUUGGCUCAUGAUCCAAGCUCAGGGGACUCUGAAGGUGGGGCUGGGACAAGGGGAAGAGAAGGGGAACACGGUGUUCCUGGACACAUGUUGCAGCAAUAAUACAGUUGCAGAACUUUACAUUUGUGUCUUCCAAAUCUGGAAAAGAACAGAUAUAUUUAAAUCAUUCUUGUUGAACAGUUUUUGUAUGUACAGUAUUAUGGUACUUUUUUUUUUAGUAUGAGAACUUUUUUUUGUAUUUGUAUAUUGGACCACUGUAGUUAUACUUUUAUAUUAAAGGGGAAAUAAUCCUUAA